GUCCUUCAUCUAAAAAGCUCGAUCCUAUUCGAGUAAACCCUCGUCAGUCCAAUCAACUCUCUUUCUCGAGUUUCACCGUGUAACGCCGCCGUCCUCACAAUCAUUCCCUGGCGAGCAGACAUCCAAGCUAGCCACGGUACCGCGUCGCCCACCGCAGUGUUAAGGGCUCUCAGUCGCCCUCUACUUCGGUCCUUCGUUGGCGUCAAGUUCCAAUCGAUCUAGCGAGCGCGAUUUCGUGGAGGAAUGCGCGUUUGCUACAGCCGGGCCUUCCCUCUCUCGAAUCAGGCGACGUCAUCUUCCAAUCUUCCUCAUCCUCCCACCUAGUUCUGAUGUUUAAGAGCCCCAACGUCGCAGCUAGGGUCUUCAAACGCCAAAUCCUCGCUCCUCGUCCUGGUGCCAGUAUUAAUUUUGUUAGACAAUUUUACGAGAAUCUUGUUCCUGGCUGUACUAUAUGUGAUAUUGAUUGUCCAGAUCAUUCAUUUCGGAAGUUCACAGAUGAUGGGCAGUACCUUGUCAGUUUCAGCAUGAACAUGCAGGAUAUCAUAGUUUUCAGACCCAAAUGGCUGUCAUAUUCAUUCAAGGGAGAAAAUUGUGAUCACCAAACUUUGGCCCAAAAAGCGAAGAAGUUUGACAGCUUCUUUACCCAUCUAUACAGUAUAUCACUAGGAUCCAGUAAUGAAUCCAUUUGCAAGGAUUUUUUUCUUUAUUUGGAGAACCAUCAGUUUGCCUUGUUUGCAACAACCACUCAAACUCAAAUUCAUGAGCUUGCUUCUAUUGAUGGGACAGUUCUUGGAUUUCCUUCAAUAGAGAAAAUAACUUUUCACCUUGUAAGACUGAAUGAUGGGGUGGUAAUGGAUGAGAAGUCUUUUCGUAAUGACUAUGUCAGCUUAAUUCACAACAUGGGGGUUUUCUUGCAUGACAAUUUGUUGUGUGUAUUCUCCCUGAGAUACCAGACAAUUCAUAUCCUCCAAGUUCAAGAAUCAGGAAAUCUAGUUGAUGUACGAAGUAUUGGUCCAUUCUGCCUAGAGGAUGAUGAGCUAUUUCUUAAAUCUCAUUCUCAGUGCAGUGAAGUUGUCAAUAAAAGCAGGUCUGAGGAAUCUGUUCAUCUGUCAACUAAUAACAUUCAUCACCAGCAGGUUACACAAGCAAACUCAUUUCUUUCUGGUAUCAAGCAACGUCUUCUUUCCUUUAUUUUUCGAAAAGCAUGGAAUGAAGAAUCAGAUCCAUCCUUGAGGGUUCAACAUCUUAAGAAGAAAUUCUAUUAUCACUUCCAAGAUUAUCUAGAUCUCAUGAUGUCGAAGGUUCAAUUUUUGGAUCGUCAGCAUCUUCUAUUGAAGUUCGGCAGCGUUGAUGGUGGGGUUCGGAUGGCUGAUCAUCAUCUAGCUUUCUUUGCUGUCUAUAACAUGGAAACUACUGAGAUUGUUGCAUUUUAUCAGAAUCCAUCUGAAGAAUUAUAUUCCUUGUUUGAGCGAUUCUAUGACUAUUUUCAUGCAAAAUCGAGAGAGCCUUUGCAUGCUAAUUUCAUUUCUUCACACUCCAAUAACAUCUAUGCUCUUGAGCAUCUACAAAUCAUGAAGAGCAAAGCAAGCAGCCUCUCACAGUACAUGAAGAAGAUGCUGAGCUCAUUACCAUACACUUGUCAAUCACAAAGCCCUUCACCAUAUUUUGAUCUCUCACUCUUUCGAUAUGAUGAAAAGUUAAUUUCUGCCACAGAUCGACAUAGACACUCUACUGAUCAUCCAUUAAAGUUUAUUUCAAGAAGGCAACCAAAUGUUCUGAAAUUCAAGAUAAAGACAGGAGUCGAUUCCAGCAAUGCAGACGGCAGGGCUAAGCGGUCUUCUUUUCUUUUCCAUCCCUACUUGCCUCUCGUGCUUUCGAUCCAACAAAUUUACAUGCAACCAACAGUGGUGAACAUUCAUGUGAGGCUGUGAACUACAUGAUCGCUUACCUCCCACAAACUCACUGGAACUCCACAGUGCUUUCAAAGCCGAACAGGUGAAAUCUCUGCCCACAUACGAAUACGCUUUAUUAUUUAAAAGAGGGGAAGCAGUAGCCAUUCAUACGAUUUACAAAUUGUACGAUAUCUGGAUCACGUCCAUUGUGUAAUUUCUAAUAAACUUUUGUUUUGAUUGAAAAUUAGAAAGAAAUAGCUUCAUCUCAUGAUUUGCAUGUAAACAUACCAACUUGAUUUUGUACUUCUGUUUUUUUUUUUUUGGAUGGGCCAGCCACUUUAUCUUUAGUUAUUCUACUGUAACCUUUAUUUUUGUGUGGGUUAA